CACUUUUCCUCUCCCCUCCCUCCCUCUCUCCUGCACCCCCACCUCUCUUCCUCCCUCCCUGUCCUCUUUUUCAUGCACCCCUCCCUCCCCCUUUCUUCUCCAUUUCAACAUCUUUCUCCUUCUUUAAGACUUCCCGUUUUUACCAUCUUUUCCCCAUCCAACCUUCGAUCUUCUCCUGCUUAUCUCCUCUUCCAUCGGUGAUGUUGCCGACGGCGGCCCUACGCCGGAUGCCGACGGCUGGCCAACGCCGGUUGCCAUUUCGGAUGCUUCCUCAAGGGAAGACAACAAUGAAGGCAACCCAAGAAGCUAUUAAUAACUUGAGCAGCGGAUCUUCUUUUCUUGAUUUUGUUUUCUUGAUUUUUGAUGUAUUUUCGAAAUAAAAAGGGUUGUCUGUCUAACAGACAACUUGUAAUUGCAGUGCCUGUAAGAGUCGUGAAGUUGUGUGUCAUUUAAAAAAUAAUGUCUGUAAUUGAUAUUUAAUUGUCUUUCAUGUUGUUGUGAGGUGUCUGUAAGAGUCACGAAGUUGUCUGUGACUCAUAUUUAGUUGUUUGUCAUUUCAUUUUGAGUUGUAUGAAAUUUGUGAUGAAAAAUAAUGUCUGUCUGGUUAUCUCCAUUGUCUGUCUAGUUAUACGUAUUGUCUGUCUUUUUUUAUGAAACAUAUGCCAAUAUGGUAAUUCACAAUAAAGUAAUGUCUGUAUGUAUAUAUUUAAUGUCUGUCUCGUUAUACUAAUUACAUCUCAAAAAAUAAACAUCACAAAUUACAUACAAAUCACAAUCAAAUAUAAACAAAUCAAAACAAAUACAGACAACUCAAAACAAAUGUCAAAUAAUUAACCAUCAAUUACAGACAGACAACUUCACGAGUCUUACUAACAAAUAUAGACACUGCAUUUACAAGUUGUCUGUCAGACAGACAACUCUUUUUAUUUCGAAAGCACACAAAAAAGUCAAGGGAAAAAAAAAUAAGAAAAGAAUAUCUGCUCAAGUCAUUCAAAGUUUCUUGGUCUGCACCUUCAUUGUUGUCUCCCCAUGUAUACAACAUCACCAGAGCUCUCCCCGUUCGUCCGAUUACUGUAGUUGGUGCAUUUGAAAUGUAAUAGCUAGAAAACAGUUCAAGAGCUAUCCGCACGCCCCGCGGGUCGGUACCGCACGCCCCGCGGGUUGGUACCGCAUAAUUAAACUAUUUCAACCAGAAUUCCAUAAAUAUCAGCAGAAUCAAUCGAUAUUGUAUUUGGGUGAGCUUCGGACAGGCCGACAUACUUUAUUUUACCUUCUUCAACUAAUUUCUUCAGUUCUCCCAUCUGAAGUGAAACAAAAGCACAUGCAGCAUACAAUUAGAAGCUUGGAGGGGGGAAAGAUGGAAAAAAUGAGAAGUAUUAAUGAAGGUGAGAGAUCUUGAAAAGGGGAAGAAAACGAGAUUUGGAGAAAAGUGAAAGAAAGAGGAAGGGAUGUGGGGG